GGCGGAGCCAGAGCAGGCCAAGGUGGGUCGGCUGCACCACCUUGGCUUUGCAACACACAAACAAAUUUUAGGAGCAAAUCGGAGAAGCAGAGGCACGCACGAUCGGGACUUACACCUCUUCAUUCUCCCGGAUCGACGGAGUUUCCUUGGUGGUUAAUGGAUAGGUGAUUGGCUAGAAGACGAUGUUGCUGGCGGCCUGAUACUGAAAAUAAGAAUAUGACUGUUUCUCGUCAUCUGAUUCGGGUUACUUAUUGUCGCUUGUUGGG